AUGGGAGCAGCCCACUCAAAAAAAUGGAAGUUCAGGAUAUCAUAUAACAAUAAUGGAAAAAGUAAUAGUACGAGCAGUGGUAGUAACAAUGUUAAUUGUGUUAGGGAUUAUCAAGCGGAUGAAGGUGAGAUUGAUCAAAUGAAUAUCCAACAUCAUUUAAUACAUAAUCUUGAGUUGAUUACUGAAACUAGACCUUCAAAUGUUGAAUUUAUCAAAUGCAAUUUUCUUCAAGGGUUACCAUUCGAGGACAACACCUUUGAUUUUGUUCUUAUGAGAUUUAAGAUACUGGAGUUCACAGAACAUCAAUGGGAAUCUUUUGUGGUCAAAGAAGAAUUUAUGAGAAAUACUAAUUUAUUGAUUAACAUUGAAAGUUUUGUUAAACGUGUACCUUGCGGAAGUUGGGCUGGAAAAGUUGGUGAAGCCGGUGCGAUUGUGUUGCGUGAUGGUUUUUUAAAACAUAUGGGAUUUAUAUUGAGCCAACAAAAUUCAAGUUCAAGCUCGAUCAUCAAUGAAAUAUUAAGCUGCAAUGAUAGUAAUCCCGUGUUUAAUAAUAACCGGCAACAACGCAAAGGAAGCAUCAUUGGUGGCCGUAGUGGUAUUGUUAAAAAUAAUAUUAAAUCAAAUAAUAAUGACGAUGAUGAUUCUAGAUUAAAAACAGUGUUAGAAAACUAUUUAAACGAAGCAAAUCUUUACAAAACAACUUUUGAUACUUUUCGAUUUAUCGGUCAAAAAAAAGUUACAUAA